AUGUACAGUGGAACCUCUACUUACGAAUUUAAUCCGUUCCGUUCUGCCGGCCUCACAGGAUCGGGCCCUCGCUGCUGGGGUGAUGGGAGUUGCAGUCCUGGCGACGUCGGAGGCCAAGCCAGGGCACCUGCGGUCGGCCGUGUGGGACUUGGCUCGCGCGGACACGGUGCAGGCGGCGGCGAUGCGGAGCCUCUCCCGACGGGGCCAGAAGUACUGGGCGGGCGCCUAGGCUGGAGCGACGGCGAGGGGCGGAGGGCGCUCCGAGCGGAAAAGCCGAGGACAGGAGAGGCGGCCCUGCAGCAGCGGUGGCGGCGGCGAGCCCCCGAUCCUGCGAGGCCCGCAGAAGGCCAGCCUCGCUGCAGCAGCAGCAGUGGCGAGGCCCCAGUCCCGCGAGGCCGGCAGAAGGCCGGCCUCGCAGCGGCAGCGGCAAGAGCCCGAUCCCACGAGGCCAGCAGAAGGCCAGCCUCGCAGCGGCAGCAGUGGCAAGGGCUCGAUCCGGCGGCGAGCACAGGGCAGCGAGGCUGUUCGGAUGUCGAAAAUUUCAGAAUGGAGCUGCAAGACCCUCCAUCAACAAUGAGUAAUCACACCAUUCUUCACCACCCUAAUAAUACUGCCCUCCCUGGGCUUCUCUUUCUCCUGAUGGGUUUCCCUGGACUGGAAUCCACCCCAUAUUGGCUGGCUUUCCCCAUGGGCACAGCCUACCUGCUGUCCUUUCUUGGGAAUGGGGCCGUCCUCUUUGUCAUAAUCACGGAAACAGCCCUCCAUUCCCCCAUGUACAUCUUCCUUGCCCUGCUAGCUGCCUGUGACUUGGGCUUGGCCACAGCCCUCCUGCCCACAAUGCUCCGUGUCUUCCUCCUUGGAUCAAGGGAGAUCAGUGUGGACGCUUGCCUCUCCCAGCUCUUCUUCAUCCACACGUUCUCCAUCAUGGAGUCCUCUGUGCUCUUGGCCAUGGCCUUUGACCGCUUUGUGGCCAUCUGCUACCCUUUGAGGUACACCUCCAUCUUGACCAGCUCCAGACUGGUCCACAUUGGCUUGGCCAUUGGCCUCCGGGGUGUGGCCUUGCAUGUGCCAAUCCCCUUUCUUCUCAAGAGGCUGACUUACUGCCACCAUAUUAAUGCCCUUUCUCACUCAUACUGCCUGCACCCAGAUGUGAUGAAGCUGGCCUGCCACAAGUCCAGCAGGGAUGGCAUCUACGGGCUUUUAGUAGUCUUCUCCACUAUGGGUCUGGACCCACUGCUCAUCAUCUUGUCUUACAUCUGGAUCUUGAAGACCGUUGUGGCCAUCACCUCGCUGGACGAGCGCCACAAAGCUCUCAACACCUGUGCCUGCCACAUCUCUGUGGUCCUGUUGUUCUACACCCCCAUGUUGGCAUUGUCCUUGAUCAGCCGCCUCAAGCUCCACACCCCGCCCUUCCUCCACAUUCUGUUGUCCUACAUCCACUUCCUGGCCCCACCUUUGCUCAACCCCAUGCUCUACUGUGUCAAAAUGAAAGAGGUGCGCCAAAGGAUCCUGGGAAGAACCAUAAAGGUCUGUGGACUACGCAACACAAUCACUCUCUCACUCUCUCAGUCAUAG